AUGCUUGGUUAAUUCAAUGAAGCAAUCAUCUGGGCAGAUAAAGCGCUGGAAAUUGAUCCAAAGCAUUGUAGUUCAUUAUUUUGCAAGGGUAUGAAAAAUGUUUGAUUUGAAGGUACCAUAUUAACAUAAUUGAGAAUGUUUAAUGAAGCUAUGUUGGUGAUUGAGUAAUCUUUAUCAAUCAAUCCAAAUAAUUUUGAUUCUUUAUGGUCAAAAGGUUGAUGUAUUUUACUAUCAAUAGGUCUUUGUUUACAAUAGCAGAAUUAAUUUAAAGAUGCCAUAACAUUUUAUGAAAAAGCUUUAACGAUAAUACCAAAUCAUUAAUGGACUAAAAAUAGAAGAGGUAUAUAUUUCUAAAAAAUUCAGAUGAAUGUUUAAAAGCCUUAAAUAACAAAUCAUUAUUCAAAUUCUUGAAAAUAUAUUGA